AUGAAAAUUAAUAAUCAUUUAAUAAUCUUUAUUAUAUUAAUAUAAUCUUCCUUUUCAUAAAAUCUCCGUAUCGAAAAUCCCGAAGCUAAACUUCCAACUAUAGAAUAUAUAAAAUAUUUUAAUUAUCCAUAUGAAGUUCAUUCUAAUAUAGUAACUGAAGACGGUUAUAUUCUAACCUAUUACCGAAUAUAGUCUAAAAAUAGCAUAAUAUUAGAUGGUAAAAAACCUGUUUUAUUACAUCAUGGUUUAUUGGAUAAUUCAGAUACUUUUUUAAUUAAUUCAGAAGAUAAAGCGCCUGCUUUUGUACUUGCGAAUGCAGGCUAUGAUGUUUGGUUGGGCAAUAGUAGAGGAAAUAUGCACAGCAGAAGACAUUAGACACUAAAUCCUGAUAAAGAUAAAGCUUUCUGGGAUUUUUCAUAUGAAGAAAUGAGCAAAUAUGACUUAGUUUCUGGUUUUGAAUACAUCUCAAAGAUCACAGGAUUUUCUAAAAUCGACUAUAUAGGCCAUUCUUAAGGAUCAACAAUUAUGUUUAUUGCACUUUCAGAAAGAAAUCCCCGUAUAGUUUCUAAAUUAGGAAAAUUUAUAGCUUAUGGGCCUGUUGCUAGAAUUAAAUAUGAGCACUCUUUAAUGUUAAAUUUAUUAUAGGAAUUUAAUGUAGACUGGGCCUUAUAUUUCUUAGGAAUAUAUGAAGUUUUAUCUUAUAAAUGGUUUAUUAAUCAUCCUAUAUUAGAAGCUUUUUGUGGCUUUUUACCUAGAAUCUGCAGAAGUGCUUUAGGACCAAUUGCUGAUACAAAUCCAUCAGUAGAUAAUUAUAAAAGAAUGGAUGUACUUGUAGGACAUGAUCCGGCUGGAACAUCAUUAAAAAAUAUGGAAUUAUGGAAAUAAGGUAAGAGAAAAGGAUAUUAUGAAUAUAAAUAUGGGCAUUGUACUUUUAUGUGGGGAAAUAGUAUGGUGCAUCUAAAAGAUACUUUAGAUAUUUUAGAAGAAAAAAUUUGA